AUGCCUUUCCAAAACUUCCUUGUGGACCUUCCUCUCUCAACUCCUGUUCAACGUGAAAAGAAUCUUCCAAGCGUAGCACUCGCAAUACUCCCUGCAAUUCCUGAGCCAUACAUAGCACUGCCCGCCAAAUUCGAUGCUUGUCCAAAUUUAUCGCACCUCGAGAAUGCCAACGUAUUCGUAACCGUCAAACUCAACGCAAUCACUAUACAUGUGAACUUAUCAGCAAUGCACUCUAUACUUCAACGUAUUCAUUACCGCACCCAAAUCCCGCAAGAAAAAGUAAAACUUACCGAUCAACGUCAACCAAAUAAACUCAAACCUAAAAAUAGCCACAAAAGCCAACCCGACCCAAAGCAAUGGUUGCGAGUAAAGCGCAAGCCAGAAAAACCUGCUAUCCGUAGGGUUUAUAACUUUGGUAUUUGGAUCCGAGGAUUCAAAAACCCAGUGCGAGUCGCCAGAUGUAGGAUCUACUUCAUUCCACCAACGCAAUCCGACGAGGCGACGACCGGCGAUAUUUUUAAGGUAGUAGAAAUCGGCAGCGAGGAGAAGGAUAGUUAUUAUGAAGAUCAGGACACUAUUUGA